AGCGGACAGAAGUCGCACGCGCUCACAAAAAAUCCAUUCGACAAGAGCGCAGGCGCAGCGCUAUAUUCGCUCUCAACUUCACUCCGGUCAACUUCGUCAUUUAGUGGUGAACGAAACGUCGAUGUGUGUGGAAGUGAAUUUUAACUUUUCUAACAAUAUCUCACAAAAAAUAACAAAUAACUAGUAACUAAAGUACAAUUUCUAAUUUGAACGUGUUGGAACAAACAUUUAACGUGUCAUUAGUUGUUUAAAUUGUAUUCAAAAUGUGUGAUAAUACAAAUCCUUCGACGCAAAGUAUAGCGGACUACUUAGCUCAGUUGCUCAAAGACAGGAAGCAACUGGCUGCGUUCCCGAAUGUUUUCAUGCACAUGGAACGACUUCUGGACGAAGAGAUUGCAAAAGUCCGAGCGAGCUUAUUCCAAAUAAAUGGAGUCAAGAAAGAACCGCUCGUGUUGCCAGAACCAGAGGGCAUGGUCACCACACUCACAGAAAAAGUAUACGUGCCAGUCAAAGAACAUCCAGAUUUCAACUUUGUGGGAAGGAUUUUAGGCCCCAGAGGUAUGACUGCAAAACAGUUAGAACAGGAAACAGGAUGCAAAAUCAUGGUCAGAGGAAAAGGAUCCAUGAGGGAUAAGAAAAAGGAGGAUGCCAACAGAGGUAAACCCAACUGGGAACACUUGGCCGAUGAUCUCCAUGUUCUUCUGACAGUUGAAGAUACUGAGAACAGAGCAAAGAUAAAGCUCGCCAGAGCCGUAGAUGAAGUCAAACGUCUGCUAGUGCCUCAAGCCGACGGCGAGGACGAGCUGAAGAAACGCCAGCUGAUGGAGCUGGCGAUCAUAAACGGCACAUACCGCGACUCGAGCGCGAAGGCCGUCGUGCCCGUCAACGGUCAGUGCCUCAUAACUGACGAAGAAUGGCGGAGGGUGGCAGCAGCGGCGGCCGAGACUCAGCGGCUGCUCGCGCCCGGCGGGGGGGUAACCAGCGUAGGCGGUGUUGCACUACGUACGCAAGCACCAUUAGGCGCGCCGUUGAUACUAUCCCCGCGCAUGUCCGCGCCGGGCGCUCAGGCCGGCCUACUGAACGGCACCGGCAGCGCCACCGGCCUCCUGUCCCCGGGGGAGCCAGCGCACCAGCUGAUCUACGCGUCCCCGUACGCUGACUACGCGAACUACGCCGCGCUGACUGCGGGCAAUCCGCUGCUGACGGCAGAGUACGCGGCGGCGGAUCACACGGGUGUCGUGCGGAGGGCGGGUCGGCUCGCGCAAAUGAGGGAGCACCCUUACCAGCGCACUGCCUUACCGGCGCCUUAAUUCCCGCGAAAAGCUCUCACGCCGCCAUUUUGUUCACAAGGUGAGUGCUAACGGCGCUGAGGAACUAACAGGAGAAGCGGCCGCCCCACGUCCGACCUCUAGCCGCGCGUAACAUUAUCAUCGGAACAUCGACCACCAUGUAGCUAUAGCUGUUGGGCCUAUCACGUUAACAAUAAUAUGUAUUAUAAUAGUCUAACUAUUAACAAUUUAUAUGCCUGUUAUGUUUAUAACAUGAUGAACUUUAUUAACAUUUUUUUAUAUAUUUCUUUUUUUUUGAUGUGGCACACGCCAUCGACUAUAUUUACUAUAUUGUACUACUGUUGUCGCUUGAUCGUGUUGUUGUUGAGCACGAGUGUGGUUAGGAACCCCGACUUUAACGGUGUUAAAUGUGUGUUUUUAUUUUUGUGAGAGUGAUUCAAUCGAGCAAAUUCUCGAUUUUACAUCAGCCUAGUGACCCGAUUCAAUUAGAUUAACACAUUUAACGUCGUUUUAAUAGAAUUAAUUUUGGAGGAGCAAAUCUUUUCUUUCUCUACAUUGACAAAAAGUCAAGCAUCUACUUAAUAAAGUCGAUAUGACUUUCAUUAUUCUUUGAUUUCGAAAAACAUGCUAUAUAAAGCAUGCGUUGUUGUGAAAAUUUGCGCUAGAAUGACAGAAGAAAACGUCAACCCGCCAUCUUGAAAACAGGAAAUAAGAUGGAGCUUUUCACAUGACAGAAAUCAAGUAAGUGUAUGCGACGAAAUUGUUUUUAUAUACAUUUCAGUGCUCCGAAGAUACUAAAAGUCACAGCACAAUCCAGGAAGGGAGGUUGAUUUUAACAUUUCAUAAACUCAUUGACCCGUAUAUUUUUCGGCAAUAUUUUUUACUUAAAACCAAAGACUAAUGUAACGUAUUUUGAAAGCUAUGUAUUCAAUUCAAAAUUCAUGUCUUCCUUUGAGAAAUUCACUUUGAAACCGGGCAAUGAGUAACAUAGGAAUGUACGUGAGAUAUUUAAAUCUUUUUUUUUUUUAAAUCACGGUAUAAAUCAUUGUAUUUUACUUUAUUUUAGUGCUAAAUAUUUAUAAAUAAAUCUUAUAAGACGUGCAACCCAAGUGCCUUAAUGUACAAUUGCACCGUCUUGGUUCUAUAUUAAAUUGUUAAAAUAUGCUUAUAAUGCUAGUUAAGUUAGAAGAGAUUAAUUGAUUGUUAAAACUGCUAAACGUUAAUUUUAUUGGCAUCGAUUUCGAAAUAUUGAAGUUAAUGGUGUCCAAAUAUUUUCGUAAUUUUAGUAUUUUUUAUUACAAAUUAUAAUUACUAGUAUUAAGUGCCUUCUUUACAAUCUCUAUCGGAAUCUCCGGAUCGCGGUCUCGAAAUUUCUACAUUAAUUUAUGUUCUAAAACUAUAUUUACAAUUGAAAAAAAGUAAUCUCCACUGAUUUUAUGAUCAAAUCUCAUUCAUUUACUCGUUCCGCAGAUCAAAUUGAAGUAAUUAAGGCAAAUUAUUCUCUAUACGUUAUGUAAGUGUUAUGUAAAUAGCUUACAUAUUAUAUUGUUUGGAAGCAAUAUUUCGAUUACAUUUUAAGUUAAGUGCAAUAGAAAUGUUUAUAUCUAAAUGAAAUAUAUACCUAGGUAAUAAAUCUCAAUUUAAAGUUUUUACAAGCUAUAUAGAGAUCUGAUAUUGAGAUUAAUACACUAGAUGAAGUAAACGUCGCAGAUGUUAUUGAAUAAAGAUUACUUACUUGUUAAAAAUAUUAACUUAUAUGUUAGUUUAUAGUAAUUAUAACUAAAUGAAAUACAUUCAGGCUAUGCAUUUAGGUGCUUCCAGAAUCAUUGACGAAAUGUCAAAGCAUAGUUUUGAUUUAGAAUACCCAAAUAUUGGCAUUGUUCUAAGACAUUACUUACCUAUAUCCGUACUGCAUAAUCUUUUUCAUUUAUUUAAUUACAUUAAGGCUUAGUUUCAUAAUAUGAUAGUUACAGACGAUUACAUUGUUCAUAAUUUCUUUAAACUUGGAAGUUGUUAACACUCCGUCCAUGAUUAUAUCGUUUAAGUACUUAAAUUUUGGUCUCUUACUAAUCACGCAUAGAUACAAGUCUAGUUGAAAGGAACAUUGUGUUAACAAUUUAUAAAAUAUUUCUCUAUGUUGCUAUUAAGCGUUUUGAGUUAAUCUUGAUCAGUAAACUUGAUUUUGUUUAAGUUUUUACUAUGAGAUAAAUUAGUACCAAUCACCAAAUUCGUUUUAAGGACGAAUCCGUAAAACGAAGCCGUAAACUAGCUUCACACUUGACUCUAUUCUUUUUUGCAUUUUGCUGUUUUUGACAAAUAUUAUAUUUUGGCAUUUUUACAGAGCGAUACAAUCGGUAUUGCUUAUUUGCCCAUACGUGAAACAUUGAAGCAAAUAUUGCGAAUAUUGUCAUUUCUAGAGCCACCAUGAAGAAUUUAGUGUUUCGGGAAGUAACUUUUUUAAAAAAAGUUUAGAAAAACGUUCUAUUUUCGAUCACCACACAGAAUCUUCUGGUCCUGCUGAAUUUAACUCAAUUUUGGCGUCGUCAGUAGUAAUCGUCACUUAAUUUCAUUUCUAAAACAAACGAAUGGGCUAAUUAAUUUGUUAUAUUUGUUAAUAAGAAAAAAUGCUGACACACAACUGUCACCUAAGGCUUUCACACUCUUCCUUAGUACCUUAUCAGUAAAAGUUAAAAUAUUUUUGUUCCAGUAUGUUUACGACCACAAAUGUUUCAAAUUUUCUUAAAAAAGCAGCAGGAUUGAGGAUUUCUAAACAAAUAAGUUUGACAGUCUUGUAAAAGUCAUUUAUAUUUGUGAGCUACAAACAUAAAUGAGUCAAUAUUUGAUUUAUAAAUUAUAUGAUGAAUUUUAAGUUAUCGUUACAUUUCAAACUCUUGUCUUUCGGUCUCAAUGUUAUUUUAAAUCAAGAAGCUACUAAUUACUGACUAGCCAAUAUGGUAAAGGUUUAAUUAAAACUUUUACACUACACUGCACAAUUAACAUAAAGGCUUACACUUAACUAUGUUUUAACAUAAAUUUUACACUGAGAGUAUAUAAUAUUUUAUAUUUCAUCGCUUUAUCUUUAUGUGUUCAUUAUAAUAAAUGAAUAUUAUUGUUAUACCUAAUAAUUGUUUUGUACAAAUAACACAUCUAUAUACAAAAGAAGCAUUUAAAGAUGAAAUCGUAAAAUGCAUAUGCCAUAAGAAAAAUAACCAGUAAUGAAAAAACUCAUGAUAAAUAACGAUUAUAUCUCCACUUUGUAAUGGGAGUAAAUGUACAAACUAAAUGUAACGGUCUGCUUUAUAUCUAGUUAUAUUGUGUUAUGUUUCAUAGCAACAUAAAAUAUUAUUUCGCAGUAGUCGGAUAAUAAGUAUUGUGAUUUCACACCACGCAUUCGACUAGUCAUUUUGGCAUUGUACAGUCUCUCAAAAAUAUUGACUUAAUUUCAAUUUUAUCGUACCUAUGCUCUAAAUCUAUUUGCAAUAAAAGUGAAAUAUUAAUAAUCCAUUUAACAAGUGGUAGCACUAGGGUUUUACGUCACUGAACUUCGUAACUAAUCAGCAUAAUCCAAAUAAGAGUGUUGUCUAUCAUAUAAGAAAGACACAUGUGUGGAACAAAAUCUCCUGUAUCCAUCUGUAUUUUCCAAAACGCCUACAUACAAGCAGCACUUUCAAAAAUACCUACUUAAUUCUUAUUUCGUCGACUUUGUGUAGAUCACAGAAAUAUUCUGUGAUGGAGACAAUAUUUCAAUAAAUUUUAAUCUUAGGUGUGAAACCUCUUUACUGUUUUUAUCCUCUACUGUUGUUUUGUGUUUUGAAACAUGUUCAGUGCCAUCAGCAGACAGGCUUAAUAAUGUCUUUGUUUUUUAUUAAAUUGUACUUAUUAUACUUUAUGGCAAUUCACUAAUAAAGUGCCUUUAUUGAUCUAUGUACAUACUUAUAUUAUGAUUAUUUUUCAAAUAAAGUAUUAUUAUAGUAAAAAAAAAGCAGAUGUCUUACAUAAAUUGUUUUUGAAAAACAAAAAAAAAAUAUUAUAGAAUACUUUUAGCUAAGAGAGAUUGUGCAUAUUAUGUAUGUUUUGAUGUGUGUUUAAGAUUGAUUCGGCAUUAAGUAGUAAAUAUUUUGAAAAAG